AACGGACUGUGUAACUAGAGAAGAAGCCAGGACAAACAUGGCAGCGUUCAUGAGAAGCGUGAUAUGUCUUGUUGCCACUGAGCGAAAUUAUUUUCUGACAAGGGGAAGCGGUGUUGUUGUGGAAUCGAAGCGGUAUGUCCGCGCACUGAGGAGGAAACCUGUCCGAGUGUUGUUCCCUGAAGACAAAACGGAUGAAGUCAUUAAACCGGCGUCGCAGUCUCAGCCAGCGGGGCUGAAUAAAGCCAAGCAGGAGGCCAAAGUCACAGCUACAAUAAAACAUCCUGAAGAAAGAGACUUUGUCAAAGCGAGGAAUAAUGUGCAGUCAACUAUAAAACAUGCUCCGGUCACUCUUACAAAGGAUCACGUUGAUGGACUGUGCUUCGAGAGGGCUUACCCUGGAGAUAAGAGACUGUCGAGGUUAGUGAGUGUCGCUCGGUCCAGGACGUUUCGGGAGCAACAGGGUAAAAUCCUCCUGGAGGGACGGCGUUUGAUCUGCGACGCUCUGGAUGCAGGAGCCAACCCACAGAUGGUGUUCUUCAGUACCGUGGAUCGGCUCCGAGAGCUUCCUUUAGACAAGCUGAAGAGGGCCACGCUGGUCAAAGUCAAGUUUGAGGACAUCAAGAUCUGGUCUGACCUUGUGGCCCCACAGGGAGUCAUCGCCAUAUUUUCUCGCCCGGACCCGUCACGGUUGAACUUCACUAAUAGAAGCCUUUCAGGGGCGUUGUCUCUGAUAUGCGACAACAUCAGAGAUCCUGGCAACCUCGGGACAAUGUUGCGAUGUGCUGCUGCUGCUGGCUGCAACAAUGUCCUGCUCACCAAAGGUUGUGUUGAUGCUUGGGAGCCUAAAGUUCUGCGUGCAGCAAUGGGCGCCCAUUUCCGGCUCCCCAUCUAUCCCAGCCUGAGCUGGGAUGACAUGGAAAAACAUCUCCCUAAUCCUGUGACUGUCCAUGUGGCUGACAGCAGCAGUGGUGCUGAUGGAAGUAGACAAGCAGAGGAUGCUCAAGUUAACAUGUUAAACAAACCGUCCAAAGCAGGAGACUAUGGCUGGGUCAGCACAAAAAGGUCUAAUCGCAACAACAUGAGCUACCAGGAAUACGAUUCAGAUUCAGAUUCAGAUUCAGAUUCAGAUUCAGAUUCAGAUGAUGAGGGACUUUCACUUCCAAGAGUGGACUCAAAGCUGUACCAUGAGAAGUGGGCUCAGAGUUCCACUGCUCUUGUGAUCGGUGGAGAGACUCAUGGUCUGAGUUUAGAAGCAGUCCAGCUGGCAGAGAAAACCGGCGGUCACAGGCUCUUCAUCCCUGUCGCUCCUGAUGUGGACAGCUUGAACUCAGCCAUGGCCACCAGCAUCCUUUUGUUUGAGGGCAGGAAGCAACUGUUGAAGCUGAUGCAGACACCUGCAAGGAAAUUGAAACCCAAAGCAAAGCAGCAGCUUUCAUAAUGUUUGCCCUAAAUAUUAUAAUGUGGCUUCUGGUGUAUGUUUAUCCUUUGUUACUAAAGACUGAACGCAGUUAUUUAAAUGUUAUUCUACAUCCUGUCUUGCCAAUAAUAAAGCGCUGAAUUUCAAA